AUGGGUGAAUUUGCGACUGGAAAGUUUUGGACUAUCUUCGGUCCAUUGGUAGCUUUUUUGAUUAUCGGAAUCAAUUUGUAUUUUGCUUACGAUAUCAUUAUUGGUUUUGAAACAGUAGCUGCGUAUGCGAUUUCAGGAGUCAUUGCUGUCCUCUACUUCAGUGAUGGAACUCGAACAAGAGCUAACGAAUCUCUCGCCAAACACAGCUAUCGUCACAAAACAAAGAAGAAACUCAAAAGAUUAUUUGAAAGGAGCAGUAAACUUGUCAGGAGACAAAUUAAAUCGCAGCCGCGUAACGUCGCUUACAUACUGUCUCUGCUGAAGCUUGCGCUUGGCGUCACCGGCGUCAUCUGUUUAUCAUGCAUCGGGAAACUCUUUGCAAACGAAAAGGAUUCCUGGUCGCUGGAAAUUGGCAAAAGAAUGAGCUAUCUUUAUUAUUUCGACGUAGCUGUGACGGGAAUCAUCGGAAUCCUCGGCUGGAAAUAUGACAAAGAUCUGUUCUUCACCUCCUACACUGUCGCUUGCAUGAAACGGAUUGGACUUAUGCUGUCGAUUUUUGCAAUUGUCAUGAACCUCAUUCAUUUUGCUUCUGCGGCUUCCCAGCCUGAUGAUGUUGGGAGGGGCGUUGUUUUGAUGCUGGGCUUUUUGGUUUCAGCUGCGUUGUUUGCGCCUUCCAUCAUUGUUGGUCAUAAAUCAAAAGAAAAGGCUCAAAAAGUCAACAACUCGCUCGCUUCAUACAAAAACUCACCAGUCGUCGCUGCCAACUUCACUCGCUCCCGUCAAAAUUCUCCAUUCAAGAAGCAAACUCCAAAAUCUCCUCAAAAAUUGCCCGAAGAUCCGCUCAAAGCAAAGAUCGAGCCCUUGGAACAUCAAGUCUUUUUCGAAGGUCGAUAUGAAUAUGGCGAUCCUGGCUGGCAAUAUGAAAAUAGCCAAGAGCCGAAAAUUUCUUCAAAAACCUCUGCAAAUAUAUAA